UCACAUCUCAAACUAAACUCUUCCACUUGUUUAAUCUUCUUGCAGCUCGUUCAAGAUGCUCGCUAGCGCCAUCAUCCUCGGCCUUGCUGCCAACCUAGCUACGGCCGCCGACAACAACCAGAUGUGCGACACCUACGCCUACAGCACCGACUGCAAGACCGAGUCUGCUUCCUACUGGCAGCAGGACGGCUACCUCUUCCAGGGCGUCUCCGCCUACGUCUGGCCAUCGUACAACUCGUACAAGCCAUUCGAGGUCGAGGAGCAGGAGAAGGAGGCCAAGAAGCAGGAGCAGAUCGCCAAGUGCAAGGCCGCUCACCAGUCCCCUACCCCCACUGCCACUCCCACUCCUUCCUGGGGUGGUGAAAAGAAUGGAGGCGAAGAGAAGGGCGGCGAGCAGUCCGAGCAGGAGAAAUGCGAGGCCGAGCACCAGGAGGACAACUACCCAAAUCUCGUCCCCGUCUACCGCUGGAAUCGCAAGGAGUCCGGCGACUACUACUUCACCACCGACCCCAACGACCUGGGCUCGCCCUACGGCUAUGAGUACGACGGCCAGAAGUUCUUCAUCAUCCCCGAUGAUGACGAUUCUACCAACCUCGAGGGCCAGAACGACGUCGUGCCGUUCUUUGAGUGGUACAAUGCCGACUGCGGUACCCACUUCUACACCACCGACCCGGAGGGUGAGAAUGCGGUCAACCACGGCUUCAAGUAUGAGCACAUUUUGGGCUGGGUCCGUAUCCAGGAGGGUGAGGGUACUGAGCCGCUUUACCGCUGGUCGAAGGAGGCUGAGUCUGAGGACUAAACGUCGGUGGGAGACAAGAACUCUACGAAGGAAUAAAGUGAAUCGGCUAUCAACCGUCAAUGGCUGCAGGGCGCUCAGCUAAUUCGACGGAUUUUUUGGAUGUUCAUACCCCGCAGAUCGUCAUCACUGAAGCCAUAGGAGAGCUCACCUGAGCUGCAUUGUCAAGCAGAAGGCUGGAUGGGGAUCGGUAUUGCGGGAGACGAUGGGGGGGUUGGUGUACCUAAUGCUUGGCUUUUUGAACACGGGGUGUUAUCCUGUACUUAAUAAUGGA